GUCGCGCUGGAACGACCCCAACAACAUGUCGCCAACAAGGUGCCGCAAGGCCGCCCUGAUGGCCGCCUGUCGGGACGUUGGCUGGUCCGAGAAGGAGCUGCGCAACAAGAUGGCCAUCUGGCGCGGCUACAAGCAGAUCAAGGACGCAGCCGGCUGGGCGGCCCUCGUCUUCGCGGGCAUGGGCCUCUACCGCCUGUGCAAAUACCGCACAAAUUUCACCGCCAAGAGCAUCGAACGACUGCGCACCUUUCGCGCGCGCAUCGAGAUCGCCGCCGACACGCUGCAUCCCUCCUGGCGGCAGCUUCUCGCCGUCGUCAGCGGCAAGACCCAAGACUCGGAGCGGGAGCGCCGCUUCACCGGCCACCCGCACGACUGGGUCGUCUUCCGGGACGGCUCGGACCCGGUUCCUCUGCGCUCGACAUAUCUCAGGCAUGACCCGUGCUUCCGGUUUGAGCACAUCACUGAAUCCAUCGUCGACGCCCAAGCAUGGCCCGGCGGCGACGACCCUCGAUGGAUCCCGCCUCGGGCCGCCGCCGUGUCCCUGGCGGGCGCAAACGCGUGCCGCGCCUGUGCCCAGACGCAGUCGGACGACCCCAAGCGCAACAACUGCUUCUGUUUCCCGUCCCUGUUUGGCACCGGGCCGCGGCGGCGGCCGCCGAGUCCCGUGCAGGUGUUUGCGACCCGCGACGGACAGAACAACGGGCUGCUGGCGCUGGUGGGCUUUGAGCGCGGGGCCGCCAUUGGCGAGUUCGUCGGGCUUGUGACGCGCGGCAUUGAGGAUCUGGAUGUGUUGGAGGAGAGUGGUGGUGGUGGUGGUGGUGGUGGUGGUGCCGCCGUCAGCCACAGGCCGUACCAUAUUUGGCAGGGCUGGCAGGGGAAUUUCACGCGCUUUGUGAACCACAGCUGUAAUCCCAAUGCGCAGUAUCAGCAUUUUGUGUGGCUGGGCGUCCAGCGGGUGAUCUUGGUGAGCAAGGGCAUCGGGGCCGGGACUGAGAUCACGGUGGAUUACGGGAAGAGUUACUGGCGCGGGCUUGAGAAGAGAUGUCUAUGUGGAGAGAGCUGCUGCCGGUAUAAUGGAAGUGACAGGCCUUAG